AUGAAACUGAUCAUAGCGAUCAUCUGCUUUGGUUUAUCCAUUGGCAGCAAUCUUGGCUCAGUGAGCGGGAAAAAGAGUGAUCAAGAAACUGGAAGAUUCGUUGCAACGAUUCAGUCGCCGGUUCCAGCUCCAGCUCCAGCCCCACCCAGUGUAGUUUACAAGCUACCAUCACCAUACUAUCCUCAUCAUCCACAUCCUCCCCAACAAUGUUUUUGUCCUCCAUCUCCACCAGGUCCUCCAGGACCCCCGGGUCCGCCUGGUCCAGCCGGUUCAACGGGAAAGCCAGGACACCCUGGUCACAAAGGAGACAAGGGCGAUAAGGGAGACAGGGGUCACUUUGGACCACCUGGGUUGCCAGGUCACCAGGGACCAAUUGGACCUCCUGGCCAUCCAGGUCACAUAGGUCAUAAGCCGUGGCCCAUGCAUCCACCUAUUUAUCCUCAACCACCAAUAAUAAUUCCCGUUCCAGUACCCCAUCCACAUAAGGGGCACCAUCAUAAGGGUCACAAGGGCCAUAAGGGUGGUAAUAAGGGUCAUAAGGGUGGUAACGGAAGUCCAGGAUAUCCUGGGUAUCCGGGGCACCCAGGAUACCCGGGCUAUCCAGGACAUCCUGGGUAUCCAGGGCACACGCAGCCGGGACAUCCCCACCAUCCAGGACAUCCACACCACCCAGGACAUCCACAUCACCCAGGGUAUCCAGGGCAACCCAAUAAUCCAGGUCAUCCCCACCAUCCAGGACAUCCCCAUCAUCCAGGACAUCCAGGUCAUCCUUGGAGAGCUGAGCAAUACAAUCAAUAUUAUGCUCAGCAAGAUCAUCAAAGGGAUGAAACGGGGGAGUCUGACAACUUCGACUUGGAUGCUUUUAAUGAACAAAAUUUGCUCGACCAAAACGAAAUAACAGAUUCAUCGAUGUCCUACCUAACAGAAACCGUAUUUGAUGAGGCUGAAACUAGCGAUAAUAUGACAGAAAACGAGGAUAAUAAUAAUGUAUCCGAAAAUGAUCACAGCGUCGAAGAUCUUCAAUUAAUACCCGAUUCAAAUGGAGACAACAUGACCGAAGACAAUAAUACUGUGGAAGGACGAAGCAGUAAAAAGCCAAUAAUAUUGGCCAUCAGCACACAACAUCAUCCAUUUCACAUAUAUUCCCUUAAGAAAAGCCAUGAAUAA